CAUAAUCCCGACUUCCCACCCCGCUCCAAUUCCCCCCUCUCCUAACCUCACCCUCACCAUCCCAGCUGCAAAGCUCUUUAUGCGGUUUCUCCGAGCCUACCAUCACACCGUCCGAUCCCUACGACAGCUUCCUCUCCCUCACUCCGAGAUUCUCUCCGCACCGUCGCGAGCCAACAACCCCUUCCGCACCACCCUCCAGCCCACAUUCCUCCACCGCACCAUGGCGACCGCAAUGGCCAAGCGCCUCGAAGGCAAGACCGUCCUGGUGACGGGCGCAUCGUCCGGAAUCGGUCGCAGCACGGCCAAGGAAUUCGCGCGCACCUCGCCCAAGGACCUGAAGAUCAUCGUGACAGCCCGCCGGAUCGACUCGCUAAAGGAGCUGGCCCAGGAAAUCAAGGAGGAGGUCGGCGAGGGCGUCAAGGUGUUGCCCGUGCAGCUGGACGUGAGCAACCCGGAGGAGGUCAAGAACUUUGUUCCCUCUCUGCCCGCGGAGUUUCAAGAGAUUGAUGUUUUGGUGAACAAUGCCGGUCUCGUCAAGGGUGUCGCCAAGGCUCCCGAAAUUGCCGCCGAGGAUAUCAACGUCAUGUUCUCCACCAACGUCACCGGACUGAUCAACAUGACCCAGGCCGUGCUCCCCAUCUUCCAGAAGAGAGCCGAUGGCGGUCGAGGCGACAUCAUCAACAUCGGCAGCAUUGCCGGUCGCGAAGCCUAUCCCGGUGGCAGUAUCUACUGCGCCACCAAGGCGGCCAUCCGGUCGUUUACCGAUGCCUUGAGAAAGGAGCUGAUCGCCACGCGGAUCCGGAUCAUUGAGAUUGACCCCGGUCAGGUUGAAACUGAAUUCUCCGUGGUGCGCUUCUACGGAGACAAGGAGAAGGCCGAUGCUGUUUACGCCGGCUGUGAGCCUCUCACACCGGACGAUAUCGCCGAGGUCGUUGUGUUUGCCGCUGGUCGGCGCGAGAAUGUCGUCAUCGCGGAUACUCUGAUUUUCCCCAGUCACCAGGCGUCUCCGUCUUCCAUGCACCGUAGAUCUUAGAUAGUGUGUGGAUUGGAUAAGUUGUACAGUGUGCCAGUGGCAGUAUUAGUUAGAAUUGACUAGAAUCUUUUGGUUAUCUAGAAGGAUUUACAAUAAUGGUGAUGAAUACAUGACAUUGGUUUUGAUCGCGUGUUGG